AUGAAGCUUGUCUGGUCGCCGGAAACCGCCUCUGAUGCUUACAUCGACACCGUUAGAUCGUGUAAGAGCUACAAGGAAUCAGGAGUAGCUGAGUUUUUAUCAGCAACGGCGGCUGGAUGGAACGCGAGGCUAAUCGUUGAGACGUGGUCACGCGGCGAUCCAAUCGCCACUAGCGUGGGACUCGCCGUGGCUGCAACUCACACGUGCGGGAGACACGUGUGUAUAGUACCUGAUGAGGAGUCUAAGUUGGAGUACGUUUUGGCUAUGGGAAGAGUCGUUGGGAUGGAGUCGACGGAGGUUGUCGUCGUCUUGGUCGGAGAAUCUGUUGAGAACGCGGUGGAGGAGUUUCCCGGUGUGGAUUUCAUGGUGGUGGACUCGAAGCGGCGUGAGUCCGUUAGAACGCUGAGGUUUGCGAAACUGAGAAACAAGGGUGCCGUUUUGGUGUGCAAAAACGCCACGCAGAGAGCGAUUUCGGGGUUCAAAUGGCAAGAAGUUUUGAAAGGCGGGACACGUGUGGUGAGAUCCGUGUUUUUACCCGUUGGGAGAGGUUUAGAUAUUGUACACGUGGGAGCUACUGGUAGCCACCAGCGUUGUGACUCGAUGAAGAUUCCUAGCCGUUGGAUUAGACACGUGGAUCAUCUGUCCGGAGAAGAGCAUUUGUUCAGACGCUAA